AAGUUUCUAAAUACAACUCAACUUGCUAGCUGCUACGGGUGUUUGGGCUAAUUGUUAAAAAAAACCCCUUCUGAACGGCUUCUCCGUGUUACCCUCGCUGUUUUAUUGUUCCAUUUUUCUCUUAAUUGUUGCCAUUUUUAGCAAAAAAAAAUGAAAAAAAAAGAAACAAAAAUUUUCCAUUUCAUUUAUAUCAAAACCCGAGGAGAAGAAAGACCUUUAAUACCAACCCAUUUCCCAUUCCUUUGAUUCUCUUUCUUUGUUCUUCCUUUUGGGUUUUUGUUCUUGAUCGUAAAUCGCCGAGUCUUUGAUCAUUUCAAGAAUCGGCUACAUUGAAGGAAGCAGAGAAAGAGAAUAAUAAGAUAACCAUUUGUUUAAAAUUUUUUUUUGAGGACUUUAAUUUGGUUUUUAAAUGAUGUUGAUCAGAAUUGGGUGGUUUUGAAGUACUAUGGAACUGAUUGGUAAACGAUUAAAAGAUGACGCUUUACAUUGGUCGCGAAGCUUCAAAGUUAUGGAAGAGAAUUUGUGCAGAAACAAGUGCAGAGAGCAAUCUUUUUAUAGACAAUUGGAAAUACAUUAUUGCCGGUUUCGUUUUUCAGUACAUACAUGGUGUAGCCGCUCGAGGAGUUCAUUAUCUACACCGGCCUGGACCGACACUACAGGAUCUUGGAUUCUUUCUUCUUCCAGAGCUUGGACAAGAUAAAGUCUAUGUUAGCGAGACAGUGUUCAUGUUUGUCUUUCUAUCAUUUUUCUUGUGGACUUUCCAUCCUUUUGUUUUCAAGGUCAAAAAGUUCUAUACGGUUCAAAUUUGGUGCAGGGUGCUAGCAUAUUUAGUUGUUUCUCAGACUCUCCGAAUUUUCACUUUCUAUUCUACUCAGCUUCCCGGUCCAAAUUACCAUUGCCGACCGGGUUCAAAGCUUGCUAGAUUGCCAGAACCGGAUGGUGUGCUAGAAGUCCUCGUAAUUAAUUUUCCUCAAGGUGUAAUAUAUGGCUGUGGUGACUUGAUUUUUUCAUCACACAUGAUUUUCACCCUCGUCUUUGUUCUCACCUAUCAGAAAUACGGCACACGAAGAUGUAUAAAGCAAUUUGGUUGGUCGAUAGCUGUUAUUCAAAGUCUCUUGAUUGUAGCAUCUCGCAAACAUUACACAGUUGACGUAGUUGUCGCUUGGUAUACUGUUAAUUUAGUGGUAUUCUUCGUAGACAAGAAAUUGCCAGAAUUGUCCGACAGAACUAAUGGAAGUUCGCUUCUUUUGUUACCAUUGAGCACCAAAGAUAAAGAUAAUUGGACCAAAGAAGAGAAUCACAAGCUUUUGAACGGGAAUUCUGUAAACCCUGCUGAUCGGAGGCCAAGAUCUCAGAGUAAUGGCAAGAAUCUGGAAGAUGUCAAUAUAAACCAGGUCGAUACUUAAAUGAACAGUACACCAUAAUGGGGGACUGUUUUGAAACCAUAUCGUUCUUGGAUUUAAAGGCUCGGCUUCUUCCAAAAAUGGAUUUGCAGGUGAGAAGUGCUUGAAUCUCAAAAGAACUUAAAUCCCAAAAGGGGGUACGAACUAUGGCCAAGCUUUGAAAACUCUGGUUCCUGUGACUAAAAUGGCUAUGGUGAUUUCAAUACCCUGGAGCCACCAUUUGUCUACAAUUCUUACCCUUUUUCAAUACCUUUGAAUGGGGCAAUGAUGUACAUGGAAAGAAAGAGAAAGGCUUCUUUUCGUAGCCAGGCUGCUUAGUCUUUAUUGCUUGUGUAAACCCUUUUUCUUGUAAUGUUCCAAUUAAUAUACCUUCCACAGUUUUUUUAACAGCAUUUCACUCUUUAAUAGAAACUGUCACUCUCUAAUAGAAA